AUGAAAAAUAGUGAGAAUCUAUAGAGCUACGCAGUUGAAAAAAGAAUUGGAGAAGGUGCAUUUGCAAUAGUAUAUUUAGCUUAGGUACAAGAGAGUGGAGAGAAAGUUGCAAUAAAAAAAGCUCCAAUAGACAAAAAAUAUAAAAACAGAGAGCUGGCGAACUUAAAAUUACUUGGAGAACAUCCAAACAUUGUCGCCUUAAAAGAUGCAUUCUAUGUUGUUGGUUAAAAUGAGGAAGUCUACAUUAAUUAUGUGAUGGAAUAUAUGCCAGACAAUUUAUCUGAUUAUUUGAGAAAUAUGAAGAAGCAGAAACAAUAGUUAACAUAGAUUCAAUUACAGAUCAUAACGUAUCAACUAUUGCGUGGUUUGGCCUUCAUACAUGGCAAGGGCAUGGCACAUAGAGACAUCAAACCUCAGAACAUUUUAAUUGAUGGAACAAUCGUAAAAUAUUGUGAUUUCGGAUCUGCUAAAAUCAUUUCAGGUGGAUAGAUCAACACUUCCUAUUUAUGUUCCAGACAUUAUAGGGCACCUGAAUUGAUAUUUGGAGCCACUGAUUAUUCUACGAGUAUAGAUAUUUGGUCUUUGGGAUGUGUCUUUGCUGAACUCAUUUUAUUGGAACCGCUAUUUCCUGGUGAAAGUUCUGUUGAUCAAUUAGUGGAAAUUAUGAAGGUCUUAGGGACUCCAACAGCUACUGAUAUUGCAGAAUUCAAUGCAUCUAAUACAGAUUUUAAAUUUCCUUAGGUCAAAGGACAUCCAUGGUCUAAAGUCUUUUUAAAAUAUAAACCUGAUCCCCAAUUCAUUGACUUAAUUAAGAAGAUGGUUACUUACUAACCUUAACAGAGAAUCAAACCAUUUAUGGCUUUGAUGCAUCCAUUCUUUAAUGAUCUGAGAGAGUUAAAGAAUGAGGAGGUUCCGAAUAAACUUUGGUAAUUCACGCCUGAAGAGGAGAACAUUUUUGGAAAACAGCCAUUAAAACAUUUGAUGCCAUCAUGGUGGAAAGGUGGAAGAUGAUAAUGAUUAUUUUAAUACUGUAAAAAACAAAUCUCUUUCAA